AAAAACCCUAUCUUAUCCUCUUACAAUUUCUAAAGUUCCUUUUAAAAAAUUCAAAUGCGAACUUAUAAAUCUUAGCAGCAUACAUUUUUCAAAGAUGCAAUCAAAUCAUUCCCAUACUCGUCCCCGACGUCAUUUUAGCUUAUCGACUCCACCAAUCGACUUAAAUCCUACUCUGGUUAAUAACGAUUCCUAUCAUCCUAUGAUCAAUAUUGAGGUUUCUUACACGAAUAGCAAAAAGUUGGCUUUGUUCCACUGGUUGCUUUGAUUUUCAGCAACUAACGCCUGAUACCAUGCUUAUAUUCUGUCUUCUUUAUUUAUCCUCUAACUCCGAAUUUGCAAACAUAUCAUUGAAUUCUCCACAUAGUCUACGGUCGAAGAGUCUCAGCAACUUUAUACACCGCAAAACCAGAUAUUUUGGGCUAGAUGGUCACGCACAUUCUUAAUAAAGCUAUUGGGAAUAAGAAGUUGUUUCCUCAGAUCCCUACAACUGGCCCAACUGCAAAUGGAGCUCCAAGGUGUUUACUCGAAUCUACUCCACAGUUUCACAAUCAAUUCAUUGAAUUUUCUGAGGAAGUUACUUUUCAAAAUUUGAGAACAAGUGGGACCAAGCCAUCCAAGCUUACUUAUCAAGGCAGUGCUUACCCCACUUCAUAUUCUCAGAAUGACAGUUUAUGUCAACCAGUAUCAUCAAGUGGCAGACAGAGUAGUAUGUCUGUGAGUGAAAAUACAAUAAUGAAUAUCCCAACUUUGGCAUCAGUUAUCAACUCAACGAGUUCAGCUUUGGAGAAAGCACACAAGAGUUUGUUGAAUACUCCACUAAAUUAUUUGGGAGGGUUAGUUGGGAGAAUGGAAACAACUUUGCAUGGUUCUGCUCAUGAUAUAGGUUGGCUGCAAUGCACCUAUCCUAUUAAUCCUGUUCAGGAUGGUACAAAUAGGUUUAUGGAGCUGCUUGCAGUCACAAGAAAUGGUGUACACAUAUUGACUGACAAAUUUGUGUAUUUUUUGGUUCCUGGUCUUUUUAGCAACCAUUUUCCUCUCUGUUUUACUGAUACCAAAAAUUUCUUGUCAAAAUUGGGUUUGACAUGCCACAUUGCUCAGAUUCACAGUGAGGCUUCAGUGAAAACCAAUGCCCAGGAAUUAACAAAACAAAUUGAAAAUCUGUAUCUGAACCAUGGAAAAAAAGUAUUAGUCCUUGGUCACAGCAAAGGAGGUGUGGAUGCAGCAGCAGCUAUGGCUACGCAUUGGCCUGUCCUGAAGGAGAAGGUUGCAGGAUUGGCAUUGGUGCAAAGUCCAUAUGGUGGCAGUCCAAUUGCUUCAGACAUUCUAGGGGAAGGACAAAUCGCAGAAAAUGUGAAAAGGAUAAUUUUGGAGUUUCUAAUGUGCAAAUUCAUAAAGGUACGCCUGCUGCAGGUGACAUGAGUGCACUGGAGGAUUUGACUUAUUCCAAAAGAAAACAAUUCCUUUCCCAAUAUGCUUUGCCUGUAGACCUUCCUGUAAUUUCAUUCCAUACAGAAGCAAGUACUGAUGCUCAAGCCUUGGCUACAUUAUCCCACAUUACGCAUAUUGAAUUUCCAUCAUUUGUUGGUCCAAGGUCAUCAUUGAUGUCAAAUCAGAGUGUGAAGGUACCAAUUGUGGCUCCUCUUGCAACAGUUAUGGCUGCAUUUGCAUCAUACCUUAACUUGAGAUAUGGGGAAAAAAGUGAUGGCAUGGUUGCCAGAAGGGAUGCCGAGGUUCCUGGUUCUCUGGUAGUUAAGCCAAAUAGGAAGUUGGAUCAUAUUUGGAUGUCAAUUCCUUCGUCAACAUUUGAUAUUUCUGAACCAAAUGCACCUCAAAUGUGUGUAGCUUUGUUGGCCUUGCUUGUAGAAAUUGGCCAAGGAAAGAACAGAUGACUAAAAACUGCUUCAGCGAAGUGACUUUCAGAUGCAAAAUUUCCUGAACUAAUUUGGUUGGGUAGCUCCCUGUGAUAUUUGAGUAAUCAUUGCUGAAAUAUAUGAAAAGUAGCACCUAUGUUGGUGUGUGUGUUCAUGUACAUUUUAUUAAAUACGUAUGUUCACCUCAAGCAAAUGGCAACUUUGCAGAUUU